CAGAUGGCUCACUACACGGAUGAUAAUCCUUUCCUUCGGUACAGCACGGUUCUCUUCGGGCGCUUCGAUGCAGUCAAACAGGUCUGAGAAAUCGUACAGCUCCAGUCCUUUCUCGUCCAUCGCCGUAGUCGCACCGUCACAUGUGCGCAUAUGAGAGAGAUAGAAAGAGAGAGGGGGAGGGAGAGAGAAAGAGACAGAGUGUAUACAAAGCAAUCACGAGCAGCGAGGAAAAGAGGUGAAGGAAAAAAUCGCAAAGAAAUAGCGGGGCAAACAGAGGAGAGAAGGGGAGGAAGGAGAGAGAAAAAAAGCGCAAAAGAAUAAAAUAGAUAAAAUGGGACGAGGAGGUGCGCGAAUUACGAUCAAUUAGUGUCGUAUUAUUCAUUCGGCGAUAUUGAAUUAAAGCGACGAAAAUUCCCGGUAGUGUCUUACAACAAAACAAGAGAUUUAGAAGAAACGAUACUUUUAAGAAAAUGUAAACAAGCCUCUCUACGGAAAAAAAAAAACUUUCUUCGGAUUUCAACAUUAGAUAACUGAAAAGGAAUGUGUGGUCCAAAAUUCUAAAGAGAGAGCAAAUAUUUCUCAAAAAUAAUACAAGAGACAAAUGCAAUGUGUAACGUAUGAUAGGACUCGAUUAUUCUUUGGCGGGAAUACAUUCUUAUCGUUGGCUUAGUGAAACGGAAAACGGAAUAGACUGACACAACGUGGAUAUACAAUUUACUUGAGAACCGCAUUUGACAUCAAAACUGGUGCAGAUGCAUAAAAAUCAUCAAUUAGCUGAUCGUUCUAAUGAUUGUCGCGAACGAGAACUGCGAAAUGCCGCCGAUUAGAAGAAUUCAGAUGAACCAAAAGUGCAGCGUAUGCAAGGAGCCUGCAGCUGGUUAUCAUUUUGGAGCAUUCACAUGCGAAGGCUGCAAGUCAUUCUUCGGUCGCACGUAUAGCAACCCCGGUAGUGUGUCAGAAUGUAAGAACGGCGGCAAUUGCGAGAUUAACAAGAAGAAUCGUACGUCCUGCAAAGCCUGCCGACUGAAAAAAUGCAUAUUAGCCGGUAUGUCCAAGUCAAGCUCGCGCUACGGUCGACGUUCAAAUUCGUUUAAGGCGAUCUACACAUCAAGCCACACACAGGAAGAUAAACAGAGCGAAAAGCCCUACACCGUUCCGUCCUUCGGUUUAUAUCCAUCUUUACUAUCUCGAUCUUGCAUCGGUUAUGACGAUGAGAGUGACGCUUCGACCGCCCAGAAAAUUUCAGCAAACCAUGUCAACGAUGCCGUAAAUUCUCACAAUAACGGGCUCUUUUUGCACAACUGGCGUGCCAAGUUCAAACCGCAAUUAUCUAUCACAUCUCUAUCCACAUCGAAUCAAGUCACAUCAUUGCCGACGGAUAAUCAAAUACAGCAACAAAGCCCAAUGCAAUACGCAAUGCCCUUCCUGUCAGAGUCCUGCCAAUCAUUCAUGUUGGAAUCACAGUCAAGAAACACGUCCGACAGCGACUUCAGUGAUGACGAACGCCUUCCCGAUGUGGAGUAUAAGAACAGUUCGAGCGGAGUUUCGCCAUUCACAUUCACCAAGAUAGACGAGCCAACGUUGUCCAGUUCAGUAUCCAUCAAUGGCAGCUUGAUGCUUAUGGACGCUCAUAAUCCCUAUUUAAACUCGUUAUACUCGAUACCAGGUAUGAUCACACCGACGGCAUACUCAGCGAGGGGUGGCGACUCACUUUUGGUCAGUCCUAAUCCUGGUGGUCUUGCCGACGAGCUGGACAAACCGAUAGACCUCAGUAUACGGGCGAGCAGUAGCUCGUCGCAAUCUAAUGAAUCGUUGGAAAAGAAGAAGAGGGAGGAAAAUGAGGAGGAUCAGAUAAACGAUAGCGACAGCUCGUCCACGGAGGAUUGCGCGGCAAACCCGCUCGAUUUAACGCUCGACGCUACACCUUUAGUUAAAUCUUUGAGAUCCACAAGUCGAUCUUAAUUUAAUCGCAUUCGAAGUCUCAAGCAAUUUUGAGAUAGAUAAUUUCAAAAAAUUCGAGAGAGAUGUCGGACAAGAAUUUACCAUAGCGAUAUUUAUUGAUGAAGCGAAAAGAGAUUAAUAAUAUAGACAUAAAGGAAAUUACUUCCGCGAUGAGGAGACAACAGCGAUGCUGAUUGCGAGGAAAUAUCGAGCGUUUUGAUUACUGGUAGGCAUCAUCACGAAAAUGUGUUCAUUUCGUAUAAAGGAGUAUUCGGAACACGAAGACUUCUUUGUGCGCGUGUGUAUUAUAUUGAUUUAAUUUAUUUCAGAUUAACUAAGUUAUCCGUAUCACGUACAGCCUCUGAAUGAAUGCCGUUUCAAACAAACCAAGAAUAAAAAAUAAUAAUUAUGUAGAGUUAUUGUUAUCAAAUAUUAUUACUGACAUAAUAAUAUAGAAAAAUAUAUUAUAGGUAUAUCUAUUCAGAAAUUUUGACAGACUCGUUAAGUUAUUUUUGAUUAAUGCGAUUUCAAAUAGAAGAGAGAACAGAGAUAUACACAAAAAAUCAAUUAUAUUAUUUAAUAGAUAGUCGAGAAAUUGAUUGUAAAAAAUGUGUUUUUCUUGUUGAUAGGAUAAAUAUAAAAAUUAUAUUAUAUAAUUACGCAUAGUGAGCCAGAGUGAAGUAUGUUUUGGCCAGUAUAAGUUAAAUACCUGAGCUCUUUGCAUUCGUAUGUCUAUUCUCAGUUGCCGAAGCUAGAGAAAUCUCUUCCACUCGUAUAUCUAUUUUUAGUUGCCA